UUUGCCCAGAAGAUGCUCAUUCCCUCCCUGACACUGGAUUUACAAACGACAGUGGAAUUCUUGGUGUUGGCAGCUUGUGAAGCUCAAGGCAAAAAGGAGACAGGCACAGAUGGGCUUGUCCUCCCUAUCCAUGUUUAUUUAGCAUGGAUAGGAGAGCACAGAGCUGCUGUGGGCUGUAACCACAACUAUGCCUGAACCUUCUGCAAGCUCUGGGAGUGGAAAUAAUGGUAUUGCUGGCAAUAAUGCCAGCACACGUGCACAGGAGGCUGGGCUGGGAGUGCAGGAUGGGGCGGGCGGUGCUCCACAGAGAAUUCCAUGUGUCACCUCUCAGAUGUAGAUGCUCUCCUGCAGCAACAAGUGGAUUGUCUUUAUGUCGUUGGGAGUUUGUUGUUAAAACAAUGACUGGAGUUGCCUGGAAGUGGGGAUUGAAUCUCCAAACUCAUCCAGCCCUGCUGCUGUGUGUCCGAGCGAGCCUUCCCUGCUGAUGGGAGCUGGUAACCUGCAUCUCUCUGGCUUUGCCACAGCCCAGCUUCCUGCUUUGAUUUCCUCACAGCAAGGUGCAGUGGUUUUAAACUGCCAGAGGAUAGGACUAGCACCAGAGCUGCCAAUCCUAGAGAGGAAGAACUGGUUGAUUUAUCUGCUCUAUGUCCGCAGAGACUAUGAGGAGUGUAAGGCUGUCAUCAAAGAGCAGCUCCAGGAGUCCCAAGGGCUCUGUGAAUACGCUGUCUAUGUUCAAGCUUUGAUAUUUCGCUUGGAGGGGAAAAUUCAAGAAUCUCUUGAACUUUUCCAGACAUGUUCCAUUCUGAACCCUCGAAGCGCUGACAACCUCAAGCAGGUGGCACGAUCCCUGUUUCUCCUGGGGAAGCAUAAGGCAGCCAUUGAAGUGUACAAUGAAGCAGCAAAACUCGAUGAGAAGGACUGGGAGAUCAGCCACAACCUGGGUGUGUGCUACAUGUACCUGAAACACUUCAAAAAGGCACAAGACCAGCUCAACAAUGCCCUGGAGCUCAACAGACAUGAUCUGACCUACAUGAUGCUGGGCAAAAUUCACCUCUUGGAGGGGGAGAUUGAUAAGGCCAUUGAAAUAUAUAAGAAAGCCGUAGAGUUUUCUCCAGAAAACAUAGACCUCCUCACAUCCCUGGGCCUACUGUACCUGCAGACAGGGGAUUACCAGAAGGCUUUUGAACACCUUGGAAACGUGCUCACCUAUGACCCAGGCAACUACAAGGCCACCCUGGCUGCUGGCAGCAUGAUGCAGGCCCAUGGGGAUUUUGAUGUGGCUCUCUCCAAGUACAAGGUGGUGGCCAGCAGCGUUCCCGAGAGCCCCCCGCUCUGGAACAACAUUGGCAUGUGCUUCUUUGGCAAGAAGAAAUACGUGGCAGCUAUCAGCUGCCUGAAGAGGGCAAACUACCUGGCUCCCUUUGACUGGAAGAUCCUGUAUAACCUGGGCUUGGUGCACCUCACAAUGCAGCAGUAUGCCUCAGCCUUCCACUUCCUCAGUGCUGCCAUCAACUUCCAGCCCAAGAUGGCAGAGCUCUACAUGCUCCUGGCAGUUGCUCUGACCAACCUUGAAGACAUCGAGAAUGCCAAAUGUACCUAUGAACAAGCUGUGGCCUUGGACAAGUGCAACCCCCUCAUCAACCUGAAUUAUGCUGUCCUGCUCUACAACCAGGGUGACAAGCAGGGGGCCCUGAGCCAGUAUCAGGAGAUGGAGAGGAAGGUCUCCGUGGCCAGAGAGAGCAGCACGCCCGACUUCGACCCUGAGAUGAUGGAGAUGGCCCGGAAGAUGGGAGCUGCCCUGCAGGUCAGGGAGAGCCUGGUCUGGACCAAGCCUUCUAAAGAGUCCAAAUCCAAGCAGAAAGCUGCUGUGUCAGGGAAAUCCAGCUCUCAGCAGCCUUUGGGCUCCAACCAGGCCCUGGGUCAAGCCAUGUCCUCUGCUGCAGGGUAUGGGAAAACCAUGCAGCUCCCCCCAGGUGCUGCAACACCAGCUCUGCCAAAAAAGCCUCCCUCCCUGCCUCUGGAACCAGAACAAGAGCAGGAGUCAGAAAUGAGCCCUGAGGAGAACUCAGCUCCCACAGGGGACGAGGAGCAGAGGAAGGAGAAGCACCAGAGCCAGGAGGCAGCAGAGUAGGGUUGCUCUGGGCAGCACGGGUGGUGCAGGAGCCUCUCCAGGGCUGCCUGGAAUUUGGGAAAGGGACCUGCCCUACCCUGCCCCAUGGUAGCUUCUCCCCACUAUCAGUCUGGAUGCAGCUGUCUUCUAUGAGUGAUUUUAGCUUGGGGGCUCUGCCUCGUUCCAAGGAGUCACUGCAGCGUCCAGAGGUUUGUAUGUAGCUACUUUUAGUGCAGUCACAACUCACUGCAGAACUGGAGGGCCCACAUCUCCACAGGCUGGAUGUGAGUCCUCCAGAAGGACAUUUAGCAAAGCCAGCAGCAGUGAUUUAGGAUCCUGGGCUGCAAGAACGGUCAAACCCUUCCAGUGGCUGAAGUGGUGAGCAGCUGAUUUUGCAUGAAGAACCAGUAAACUGAAGCUUCAGGGCUGUAUUUGCUGUGAAGCUCCCCAGCUGUUGGACAGUGUAUUUCCUGCCUCUAGUUCUGCAUUGUUGGAUGAUCUAUCCCUCCACAAUAACCAGUCUGGGAGAGGAAGGUUAGUAAUGGAAACAUCUGAGAGGCAGCAUUGUCCAAGCAACGUGAGCAGGGCUCUGGGUACAUCCCAGCCUUCAGCUGUGCUUUGUGGUUUGUUGCUCUUAUCCAGAAAGACAUUAAUGCAUCUUUAGAGCCCAGCCAGGAGCUGAAGUGCUCUCCUGCUCCCUGGAGAGCAUUGAAAGAGUAGGAAUCCCUCACUUUCCCCUGGUUCUGAUAGCCCAAACUGACUGCUUAUCUUAAAUGUGGCUUUUUUCCCCCCCUUUUUUUUCUGCUGGGUUUUGUGUCAGUUCAGCCCCAGGGCAGCAGUCCUGUAAGGAUUCCCCCCUGCCAGGAUUUAAACAGAAUUUUUUUGUAGAGCACAGGCAAAUUGAAACAAACCAAACAAGAAACAGUGUCAGUCAAGUACAGUGCAGAUUUUUAUUCACAUUUAACUUCUUACACUGAAGCUAACAGAGUGCCUGGGAAGAAGAGGUGAGGAUUGCAGAGCAGGGGUGGGCAGGGGCUGGGAAUUCUUCACUUCAGCCCCAAAACUUUUAAGUCAAGGCAGAUUUUUGUCCUAGGAUGCUUUGAUGGGAUAAAUGUCACACAGGGAGCACGUACUGCACUUGGAGGUACUGUGAAGGGAUUUAUUUUAAAUACAUAUUUUGUGAAAAGCUUAUGCAACAGUGAACCAAUUCUUCUAUGAAAUGAAGCAGUAGCACCUUCUUACUUCCUGGGAGCUUCAUGUCUAAGGGAGCAUUUUUAAAUAUGUAAUUCCAGUUGGAUAAUAAAUAGAGCUACAAUUCCUGUCCUGUCCCCUUUCCUCCCCUGGGCAUGGUAAUGGUGGCAUUUGCAUGCAGUAAAUUCCUGGGAUCUUUCUGGAGAGCAUUUUUGUGCUAAUGGUAAUGAGACUGGACUGCUCUUUCAGCUGGAAUUAAGUAAGGGACUCUUCAGCAGGACUGCACUGAGGCAUUUAGGGAUUUUGGAAAUCACACCUUAUGUUCCAAAACCUGUUUCUGGCAUCAGCCAUAAUUUGAAUCCCCUCUUUCCUCCCCCUUAACGGAAAAGAAUCAUGAGCUUAAUUUCAAGGGAAGCAGAAACCAUCUGCUUUAGGACUUCUCUUCCCCUUUUUAGGGAGAGGUCUGUGAUGAACAGGGUAACACAGAGCUCACAAGGUACUUUGCAUCUUGGCUUCUGCACAGGAAACAAACCAAAAGACAUUCAAACAUCAAUGCCUGGGCAGCAAGACCUUGUUCCAGCCAAGAGUAAUGAUCUGUCUAUCCAGCAACAUGUGUUCAACCCAAAAAAUGUGGUGUUGAGGUCCCUGAGACAACUGGAUGCUGAUUUAUGGUACAGACAGUAUUAAUGAGUACAUGCUGUGCUCCUGUACUUGUUUGCUUAGUUGUGAUUGAGCAAGGUGGAUGUGGGGGCCUUAAAGCUGUUCAGAAUUUAGAUUUCCCAGUUGGGGAGUGGGUUUCAGUUGGCAAAGCAUCUUCUGCAGAGACAGACAAGCCUCAGUGCUGAAUGGAGGAAAACUUGACUGAAGUAAUAAGCUCCACACAUAAUGCAUUCAAAAAGAGUCCAUGUUAUAACAAGUACUCCAUCUGCCAACAUUUUCUAAAAGAGAAAUCCCAAUUCUGCUACAAGGACAGCUUUACCCCUCCCUCAAACCACACUGCUCCAAAAAAUCUGUGUUCUUAAUGGAAGACACGGGUGAGAUCUGAACCCAGUUUUAUCCAGUCUGCACUGAGGGGCAGCAUUCCUGAGAAACUCACAGGGGAGGUUUCCAGGGUAUUUUUUCCAUUGCCUCCCCUUGCAUUUUAAUAGGAUAAUUCCUGCCAUCAUUUGUGUUCCUCAGCUGCUGUGAGAUCUGUUGAGCACAGGCUGAUGCCAGGCUGCUGGGAACAGCUCCUGGCACAGGAGGCAAUACCCAUGUGCUAUUUCCAACCUGCACCUUUCCUUUGCCGAGAGAACAUCCUCCCACCAGAGUCUGGAUCAGUGACUCUCUGAGAAUUCCACCUAGAUCCAGCUGAGAUACCACACGAGAAACUGCUCUGGAGUGAAAGAGGAGAACUUCAUCCAACAUCUCCAAAAGGCAGAACCAGCAUUCCUGGCUCUGAGAUCCAAGUUUUACUGCAAAGAUUACUCAGACCCAGAAUUUUCCUCUAGUUUUCUCCUGUUCUCCACAACACUCUGAGGUUCCUUAGCCCAGGAAUAGCAAGGCAGCAAUUGUGUGACACAAGUUUGUGCCAGCACUGUUUUGGAACAGAUUGCAUGGAGGCAAUACUGGCACAGAGACACUUCAGCUGUUCACUCACUCAAACCCCUCAGCUUUCACUUAAGCUGCACGCUCCAAAAGAACCCCCAAACCAACAUUUUAGGAGAACUGGAAAUUGAGUUCUGUUGUACCAUUUCACAGAAUUAUCCCAUUAUUCAGCUGUUUCCUCAGGACAUUGCUGGAAAGGUGACCCUGUGGCACAGAAAUCCUGAUCAUUCAGUGUAUCAUUACAGAAUAAAUAGUAAAAAAGAAGCCAAGCACAACUGCUGACAGUUUUCCAUUGGGUUUUGGAAUGGACUUAGUACUCUGCUGCUCUCCAGGCUUUGGAUUGCAGUGGCUAAGGAGUUGAGCUGAGCUCUAAAACAUCCAGCACAAAGCAGGUAAUGAAGUCUUUGCUAAAGGCUGAGGAAGAACAUUUCAGCACCAGUUCUGUAAAAUGAACUUAGGAAGGGAGGGCAAACUUGACUGGAUCUCACACAUCCCAACAAGAGAUAACCCGGAAACACAAGAAAAUCAAGUAAUUCUCAGUAAUGCUGUGAAACUCACCUGGAGAGGAACAAAGAUGAAGAGCCUUUAAACUGGCAGGAGUUGGAUUUGGGAUUGGCUCUUCCAUGACACAGCACCAAUGGCACGGUGGAGAAGGAAUGUGUCCUCUGAGACUCUGCCAGCCCCCUGUAAUUCACACCUCCCAAAUAAUACAGCACUUGACCCUUAGUAAGUGCCACACACAGAAAACAUGGGAAGAAUGCUCAUUUUGGAUCAUGGAUAAGACAAAAUUAAACCCAAGACAAGGUGGCUGCAGGAACACACGGGUGAAAAUACCAGCAUGCACAGGUUUUACCAUGGAGAGCUGUCACAGUGCUGAGCUCUACUGCUGCAUCUCCAGCAGAAUCCCUGUGAAUAAACAUUUCCAGUGCAAACCCUGCUUCAGGAGCGAGGCUGGCUGAGGUUUGAGUCAUCCAUCACUGUGGAUUUCAAGGUACAAGUAACACAGGAGAACAAAUAGAAUUUGUAGAGACAGAGGAUGAGGGGGAGCAGGGUCAGCUCGAGCCUGUUUUUGAAGCUUUGGUAUUUUUGCAGCAGUUGAAGCAGCUUUUCUUUGUUGUCACUACUGUAGCUGUGCAGAGGUGUGAGACUACAGGUGCAGGGGAAGGAUUUCAGAUCUGCCUCCCUGUUAUUAAUUUAGGAGGGCAGAAGGAAGUUAAGCACAUCAUGUUCACAGCAUGUGAAACAAAGCAAAGGCUGCUGGGCCCCUCCAUUCAAUUCAGAUUUAUUACCAUAUAGAUUGUUCCACAACUUAAUCAGGGAUCCCACUGGCACAGCUGAGGACAUAGUGGUUAAAGAUUCCCCUUGGGAAGUGACUUUGGGCACAGAUGAGUUCUGUGUGCCUGAUAAAGCAAUUUGGGUACAGCAGCAGCCUGACCAUGCUGAGCUGCUGGGAUUAGAGCUGGCACUCCCCAUGCCAGGUGUUCCCAGCACACCCAGAAGGGGCCACAGCAGAAAUGUUUACCUAUGAGGAGCAGCAGGAAGAGGGAAGUAACAGUAAUUAUCAGUUCAGCUUUUUGGCCCAGAUGAUUCCUAAGCAGUAAGCCUUUUAAAUGAUUCUUUAAAUGAUUUAAAUGAUUCUUUACAACAUUUAUUGACUCAGACUAAAAAAGCUGAUUUUAGCCUGUCAUGCUCCUGUCCAAUGCAAGCACAACUGACUCUGGGACAAGGUCUGUAGGUGCAGUCACGUGUUUUUAGGUGGCUUUAAGGAAUGUCAGUCCCAGCAGCCUCACAUCCCUGGAAGUCUUCUGGGAAGAAAGAAGUGAAAUACAGCAGCAGGGCUGUGGCUGGUGACAGCUUGUGUAUAUUUAGUUUUGUUUUGUUUCCAGGUUGAGAAUCCACAGUGUAAGCCUUGGACCCCCGAGCCUAAAGGAGAGGUUGUUUUAAUUUAUUUUCAGUUUAGGAAGACUACACCAGAACUCCAAGUCCUGUGCUACAGUUUAUCAAUGAUAAUAAUAAUAGUAGUAAUAAUCAUAAAAAAUAAUCUGGGUAGAAAUGCCUCCAGUCUUAAGAAGAUCCUGCACCUGGAUAAAAUACUGACACUCAAGGGAAGCUCAGGGUGGGCUGAGCUGCAGGAAAACACAGCGCAGACUGUACUUCUCUGUACAACACAGAAGGCUUUGCUCAGGGGGAAAGCUAAAUACACAUGACAGCAUUGUGUGCUGAGUCAGUGCAAGUACAACAGCUGCCAACUUUCAUCCUUGCAGGGCAGCCAGGAUGGCUUUUCCCAGCAGAGAACACCACUGACAGCAGCCUGACAGUGUUACAGCAACAGAUCACUCCACCCUGAGUGACACAGACUCUCCUCCCUCCAUUCAGGUGCAAAGACUGACCUGGAACAACCUCCACCAAGCUAUGGUAAGGCACAGGCUUGCCCAAACAUGCUGAUUGCACUUAACCCAGUUCUGAAAACUGGCUUGAGAGCUGUGCAAAUGAACUCCAGGUUCCUGAAGUGGCCAGAAACAAAACCA